AUGGAAUUACCAUCAGCAAAUGCGAAGUCUCUGGCUCCAAUCAACUUCGAUCAUUCCGAAGCCUCGGAGGAACUGAAGUUCAGUGAUGCCACUGAGGAAUCCAUCAGAGGAAUGUGUCGUUCGGAAUUCUGUCAUCCGGACCAGGAACUGACUGCACAGAUCAACGAGCUUUUCCCAACGGAACAGUCAUUAGCCCAGUUGGAUACAGUUAUUGCCGCAGUAGAGGCCGAGAUCCGCGAGCUUGAUGUGGAGCUGGCAUCCUUGGUUGAAUCACACAAUGAGGUGGGAUCACAAGGAGAAGCUGCUUUGCAAAAAGCCCAGCAAGCUAUGAUUGAUUUAGAACAGCGAAUCGACAGUAUUCGAGGAAAAACUAGAUCGUCUGAUGAGAUCGUUCGGGAAAUGACACGAGAUAUCAAGCAACUAGACAUCGCGAAAAGAAAUCUUACAUCAUCUAUAACAACACUCCACCAUUUGCACAUUUUGCUGACCGGUGUUGAUUCGUUAAGUGUAUGGGUAGAACAACGAGACUAUGCGUCUAUAGCUAGCCAACUUCCGGCAAUUCUCAAUGUUUUACAACUGUUUGAUGAGUUUCAAGACGUAGAACAAAUGGCGAAAAUCACGAGCCGACUGAAUAAAAUGAAACAAGCACUAACGAUGCAGCUGGCUGCUGACAUGAAAUCUGUUUUCCAAGCUGGUCAACUCACUGAAAGAGUAACAGAUAUGUGCCGUGUCGCUGCGGCCCUUGAGGGCAGUGUGAAGGCGAAUUUUUGUCGUUGGUUUAUCGAUCAACAGCUCUCUGAAUAUGUUGUUCUCUAUGCCGAAAACGAAGAAGGAGCGUGGCUGGAUAAGAUUGAGGAGAGGUAUAAGUGGUUCGUAAGGAGGCUAACAGAUUUUGAGAGGACAGGAUUGGCGAAAGUUUUCCCUCCUGACUGGGAGAUGGGGCGUUUGAUGACCAAGGAGUUCUGUAGUGUUACUAGAGAUGUUCUGUAUCGGAUGAUGACGCGACGACGUCCAGACCUCGACUUCCGUCUGUUGGGUCACGCUAUUCAACACACGAGAAUGUUCGAAGCACUACUGAUUAAGAGAUUUCCUCAAAAAACAGAUUUUAAUUUCGAUAAGGCAAUUUGGAGUGUAUUUGACUCGUUCUUAGACGUGUUUAUCAGUGCACAGGAAAAGACGCUCAAUGAUUUUUUGGAAGGCUGUGCGAGUAAGAUUAGAUCUGGCUCCACAGCAGAGAUGCCGUCACGUGAAUGUUCAACCCAUGCAGUGCCUUUUUCAUCUUCGGCUGACAUGUUCCUGCUGUUAAAAAAGGUGAUUACCGAAUGUAGCAAGAUUAGUAGUGAACCUGAUGCAUUACUAAAGGAUGUCGUUGGUGUAGUACGUUUAUGCUUGCGUAACUAUGCCUACAGCUGCUUGACAGCAUUUUUACCGACAGCUCAUGGACAACAGAGCUCAGCAAAUCUGUUCAGUUUGAUUCGUGAAGACACAACAUCCUUACGAUUAACGGGAGAUCAGCAAUUUACCACUUGUUGUAUUCUGGCUACAGCUGACUGGUGUGCUGAAACAACUUUACAGUUGCAGGAAAAACUUGCUUUGCGUUUGCCGGGUGUUGAUUUAAGUCAAGAAAUGGAGACAUUCUACGGCAUUACAAAUCAGGCACUAGCUAUUUUGGUACAAGAUCUCGAAGUAGCGUGUGAUAGUGCGUUGCAAGCAAUCGCUAAGAUAAAUUGGUCAGCUGUAGAUGGAGUGGGUGAUGAAUCGUCAUUUGUGGGUGCGAUUCGUUCACAUCUGCGAGCUGCAGUACCUCAGCUCCGUGAUUUAUUAUGCGACAGACGGAAGUAUUUUGCACAUUUAUGCUUGAAACUGGCUACUCAACUAGCGCAGAAGUUCGUUGGGGCAUUGUUUAGAUGCAAAUCGAUUAGUACUCACGGAGCUGAGCAACUACUUCUGGAUACUCACUCAUUGAAAUCGUUUCUCUUACAAAUGCCUUCCAUUGAUAGUGCUAUAGCUGCAAAACCACCAAUAGCAUACGUUGGCGGUGUCAGUGCGGCGUUGAAUAAAGCAGAAAUGAUUCUUAAGGUGGUUAUGUCAAGCAUGGAUACGCCUGAGGACUUCUUAGAGCACUACUCAACUUUGCUUCCUGAAUCAAAUACGGCAGAAUUGCAAAAGGUCUGGUGCUGUUUCACUUUUUUUCGAUUUCAUAUAACAAUCCUUACAACCAUCUUUAAAAUUUUCUGCUCUAGAUUUUGGCAGUAA